UAUCAGAGGAAAAUCAGAGUUUUAGAAAUAACGGGACACUCAGUAGAGCCAUUAUAUUAUAUUUUUUACAAGUGUAUGUAAACUUCUGACCACAACUGUAAGUGUUUAUUCAUUUUCUUUUUGACUGAAUAGUUGCUGAUUUUAUCUUGGAGACGUUUCUCCUCACAUAAGCUUCAGAUCUAAAGCUUGGGUUGUGAGUAGGAGGCUUAGAAGUUAUGGUCAGAAACAAACACGCUGAUUGUGAUGGAAGAUUUUAUUGUUCCUAAAGUAGAAAUAUGUUUUUAUCUAAAUGAAGUUCAUGUUCUUGUUCCCUUUUUCCACAUCUUGUAGCCAGUAUCACUCAUGGUGUAAAUAUAAAGGUAUGAUGGUCUGUAACAUCAUGUGUCUGUGUUUCCUACAGAUGUUCAACAGCUGGUGCUGGUUAAAGAAGAAGAUCCUGAAGAACAGAGUGCUGGUGUGGACCAGCAAGACCCAGAACACCUCCACAUAAAGGAGGAACAGGAGGAGCUCUGGACCAGUCUGGAGGGAGAGCAUCUCUGUUUGAAGGAGGAGACUGAAGCUGUCGGGUUUCCUGUUACUGCUGUUUCUAUAAAGAGUGAGGAUGAUGAAGAGAAACCUCUGGUCUCACAGCUUCAUCAGCAGCAAAUAGAAGACAGAGAUGUUCCAACCAGCAGCUCAGCUGACCAGAUGACAGCAGAAACUGGUGGAGGAGCAGGAACUAGCAGGAACCCUCAUGAACAAACAUCUGAUUAUUCAGAGACUGAAGUUAGUGGAGAUGAUGAUGAUGAUGAUGAUGAUGGUGUGAAUCUGGACUCUGAGUUGUCAGACUCUGGGUCUGAAACUGGAGAUGAAGAAGAUGAUGACUGGAAUGAGAGCAGGUCUUCUGAGUCAGAUGAUUCAAGGAAGAGAGAAGAGACGGAUGAGAAACCUCUGCUCUUACAUUUCCACAACCAUCCAAUGAAAGACGGAGGUGUCCCAACCAGCAGCUUGGCUGGGCAGAUGACAGCAAAAGUUGGUGGAGGAGCAGAAACUAUCAAGAACCUAGAUCUGGGCCCUAAUGAAAAGACAUCUGAUUCUUCAGAGAUUGAAGUUAGAGGAGAAGAUGAACAUGAUGUGAAUCUAGACUCUGAACAUUCAGACUCUGGGCCUGAAACUGGAAAAGGAGACCAUGGCUGUAAUGAGAACAAGUCUUCGGAGUCUGAUAUUAAGACAGUCAACAAAUCAUUUAGCUGCCCUGUGUGUGGUAUACAGUUCCUCCACAAGUGGUCUCUUCAGAAACAUGUGAGAGUGACAAGUCAUUCAGCAGUAAAGUCUUCAGAGUGUUUGGUUAAUACAAAAUGUGUGAAAGAGAAGCAACAUGGAGGCUCAUGCAGAAAAGUCCAGAAACAACCUAAAUCAUUUAGAUGUGAUGACUGUGGAAAAAUAUUUAGCCAAAAGUCCAGUUUAACCCGUCAUAUGAAAGGCCACACUGGGGAGAAGCCUUUUGCGUGUGAUCUCUGUGGGCAUAGAUUUAGCCAAAAGACACAUUUAAACACACACAUGAGAGUCCACACAGGAGAGAAGUCUUUUGCCUGUGAGCUCUUUGAAUACAGAUGUACCCAAAAGGCAAGUUUAAACUCACACAUGAAGGUCCACACAGGAGAGAAGCCUUUUGCCUGUGAACUCUGUGGACAAACAUUUAGCCAGAAACAUAGUUUAAACGACCACAUGAGACUCCACACAGGAGAGAAGUCUUUUGCCUGUGAGCUCUGUGGACAAAGAUUUAGCAGUAAACAUAAUUUAAACAUACACAUGAAAGUCCACACAGGUGAUAAGCCUUUUGCCUGUGAGCUCUGUGAAUACAGAUGUACCAAAAAGGCAAAUUUAAACGAUCACAUGAGAGUCCACACAGGAGAGAAGCCUUUUGCCUGUGAGCUCUGUGGACAAAGAUUUAGCCUAAAGACAAAUUUAAAGAGACAUACGAUCAUCCACACAGGACAGAAGCAUUUUGCUUGUGAGCUCUGUGAAUACAGAUGUAACCAAAAGGCACAUUUAAACGAUCACAUGAGAGUCCACACAGGAGAGAAGCCUUUUGCCUGUGAGGUCUGUGGACAAAGAUUUAGCCUAAAUACAAAUUUAAAGAGACAUACGAGCAUCCACACAGGACAGAAGCAUUUUGCUUGUGAGCUCUGUGGAACGAGAUUUAGCUUAAAGUCAACUUUAAACAGUCAUAUGAACGGCCACACAGGAGGGAAGUGUUUUGAGUGUGAGCUCUGUGGACAAAGAUUUAGCCAAAAGACAAAUUUAAACAGUCACAUGAGAGUCCACACAGGAGAGAAGCCUUUUGCCUGUGAGCUCUGUGGACAAAGAUUUAGGGAAAAGACAAAUUUAAACAGGCACAUGAGAGUCCACACAGGAGAGAAGCCUUUUGCCUGUGAGCUCUGUGGACAAAGAUUUAGACUAAAUACAAAUUUAAAGAGACAUACGAGCAUCCACACAGGACAGAAACAUUUUGCUUGUGAGCUCUGUGGAUCGAGAUUUAGCUUAAAGUCAACUUUGAACAGUCACAUGAAAGGCCACACAGGAGAGAAGUGUUUUGCGUGUGAGCUCUGUGGACAAAGAUUUAGCCAAAAGACAAAUUUAAACAGUCACAUGAGAGUCCACACAGGAGAGAAGCCUUUUGUCUGUGAGCUCUGUGGACAAAGAUUUAGCCAAAAGACAAAUUUAAACAGUCACAUGAGAGUCCACACAGGUGAGAAGCCUUUUGCCUGUGAGCUCUGUGGACAAACAUUUAGCCAUCAUACAACUUUAAAUAAUCACAUGAGAGUCCACACAGGACAGAAGCCUUUCGCCUGUGAGUUCUGUAUCAAAAGAUUUAGCGAAAAGAUAAAAUUAAACUGUCACAUAAGAGUCCACACAGGAGAAAAGCCUUUUGCCUGUGAGCUCUGUGGACAAAGAUUUAGCCAAAGGACACAUUUAAACAGUCACAUGAGAGUCCACACAGGAGAGAAGCCUUUUGCCUGUGAGCUCUGUGGACAAAGAUUUAGCCAUCAGACAACUUUAAAUAAUCACAUGAGAGUCCACACAAGACAGAAGCCUUUCGCCUGUGAGUUCUGUAUCAAAAGAUUUAGCGAAAAGAUAAAAUUAAACCGUCACAUAAGAGUCCACUCAGGACAGAAGCCUUUCGCCUGUGAACUCUGUGUAAAAAGAUUUAGCCAAAAGACAAAUUUAAACAGACACAUGAAAAUCCACACUGGCUUUUCGCCUGUGAGUUCGGUGGAAAAGAUUUACCCAAAAGAUCAAUUUAAACGGUCACAAAAGAGUUUAUAAAGGACAGAAGCCUUUUGCUUGUGAGCUCUGUGGACGAAGAUUUAGCUGAAAGAAAAUGUUAAACAAUCAUCUAAGCAUCCACUUGGGCUGAACGAUCUAUUGCAGGGGUCUCCAACAUUUUUUGGCCCGUGAGCUACUUUUAGACAAUGAAAGUACAGCAGAUUUACUGCCAUAUGAUUUAUUUACAUUGAUACUUUCCAUGUGUGAAUGUGCUUAUGUUAAAAAUUCUAUACUCACUAUAUUAACAAGCAUUGUAUUCACAAUGAUUUACUGAAUAAUUUUUAUGGGUUUUUUGGUCAUGAAAGUUAAGUUUUGCUGCAUUUAUUGCUGACAAUAUGAAGGUUGGAGGUUUAUCCUUUUAUUCUGCAUCUUGUAGGUUUUUUUCUCCGCAGGUCUGAAGGCUGUGCGUUACACAGAGCAGAGAGACAGAGAGCAAGGGACCAGAACCAAAAGAAAUGAUCACAUCACACCAAUCUUAAAAUAUUUACAUUGGCUUUCAGUAACUUACAGGAUUGAUUUCAAAGACCUUUUACUUACUUUUAAAUCAUUAAAUGGCCAACGACCUCUGUAUAUAGCAGAGAUGUUUAAAACGUAUCACCCUUCUAAAUCACUUAGGUCAGCAGAUAAAUCCGAACUGGUACAACCCAAAGCCUGCACCAAGCACGGAGAGGCUGCCUUUAGCUGCUAUGCGGUCCGUUUCUGGAACUGUCUUCCAAUAGAUCUCUCCCACCAUUUCCAUUUUUAAAUCCAGAUUAAAAACUAAACUUUUUCAUGAUGCCUUCCAUUAACCUAUCCUUGCAUCUGUGGUCUACUAGGUCUUCAUCUAUGGCGUGGUAUGGGGGCCAAAAUUAAUACUACUGCCCAGCAGCAGGAGGCUAUAUAAAUUUCGAAGCAAACUACUGAUCUGAUUAAUGAUAAGCUGGCGCCGGUAACUGAGAGGUUGGCACUGCUUACUGAGGAAUAGCACCUUUACCGGCGUUAUUACUAGAUAUGCUAGGAACUAGCAGCCCUCGGCUGGUCAUUGACUGGUUCAAACACUCCCUCUGCUGUCUAUUAGCAUGGAUAGGCUAGCGUUAGCCUGGAUGGGCUGGUGUUAGCAUUUGAGAGGCUUGCCAUUAGCAUUCCUAGUCUGGCCACUAACUGGAUUUCCUACCUCCUCGACGGACCAUUAGCAUGGAUAGGCUGGCAUUAGCAUCGGAGAGGCUAGCCAUUAGCAUGUCUCGGAGAGUCACUAGUCUGUGACUAGUCAAAGUGAAUACGUGUAAUAAAGUGUAGUUACUGUGUAAAGCAGUAUAUACUAGGAAUGAUUAAUAAAAAUUAAAACUAGAAUUGAACCUGUGUUACAUGGUAAUAACAAUUUAAGAACUCAGAAACAAUACACUAACUUACUAAGUAAUUACCAUUUAAGUACUAAGUAAUUAUAGGACUGUAAAAGAAAGCGCUACCAAUAAUUUUACUUAAUAUGCUUUUAUUUUUGUGUGCUACGUUCUGUAUAUUCUUUGAUUUUAUUUUACACAACAUGAUGUGACAUUGUAACUAUUUCAUUUCACUUGUGAUUGUUUUAACAAUGUGAAGCACAUUGGGCUACCGUUUUGUGUAUGAAAUGGGCUAUAUAAUAAACUUGACUUGAGAGAGAAUUC